CCUUUGAAUUGCGCUUUUAAAUUAGUAUGUCAAUGUCUGUCAACACUCGCUGUCACCCCCUCAGUUGUUUCAGCUCUUGCUUUUUGCCUCUUGAAUUCGGCCUUUUUAACAUUGUCUCUAUCUCUUUCUCUCUCUCCCCAACACUUAUACAAAUUGGGUUUCGUUUUCUCUUGAAUCUUGAUGAUGCUCAUGUGAAAUGGAAGCUCUGCCGCUUCAAACUAGUGUACCUUCUUCGCAUUCUGGAAAAGGAGGAGGUGGACCCCAGAGGAUGUCUGACGAGGAGAAAUCGAGGGUGGAGGUUGAAGAGAAGGGGAAGGGUGGGGUGGUGAAGGAAGCACAGCCACCGUGGAUCAAGCUGGGCCUUGGGAUUGGUACUUACUCUGCUGCUCCUGCACAAAACCCCGUGAGUGAGCACGGAAAGCCUGCGUCGUUGACACCAGCUCAGUCGCAUGAGCUUCAAGGACAGGCCCUCAUAUACAAGCACUUAGAGGCUGGUCUUCCUAUUCCUCUUCACCUUCUCAUUCCCAUUUGGAAGAGUGUGGCUAGCUGCUUCGGCCCUGCUAUUUAUGACCUUUACCCUAGCUUUAUAGGCUAUUUUAGCCCUCAGGGGUUUGACUAUAGGACCAUGACGGAUCCUGAACCGGGAAGGUGUAGAAGAACUGAUGGGAAGAAGUGGAGGUGUAGUAAGAAUGUGGUUCCGGACCAGAAAUACUGUGAGCGGCAUAUGCACAGAGGCCGUCAGCGUUCAAGAAAGCCUGUGGAAGCUGUUGAAAUUUCAAUUUCUUCAGAUGCAAUGCCAUCUGAAAAGUUAAAUGACAAAUUGGGGGAGCUAAAUGCGAAUCGUGGCAACCCAGAAGCUGUAGGGCUUCGACUCAUGACCCCAUCUUCCAAUCAUAAGACCUCCACCACCAUCAUCUCCAUUAGCAAUACUGGAAGGAAGAAAAAUGCUUAUUGUGACACUAUUACCACCAGAACCCACAUCCCUACGAUUGCAGCAAGCACGACCGUCCUACCUGCUGCCACAGCCAUGAGGAUCACCACUUCCCCUGCCACUGCACCCCACCUCACACCUGCCGCCACAGCCAUGAGGAUCACCACUACCACUACCCCUGCCACUGCACCUACCCUCACGGCCAAUGCCAACAAAAAAGUUGACAAGAAUACUAAGAGAAAGGAUAUGAGUGGUAACAAAAAAAUUGACCAGAAUACCGAGAGAAAGGAUAUGAGUGGCAACGCUGUCGGUUACCAUACCGGCAUGAAAAGCAGCAACAACAGGGCUAACAACAUAAGUUUUGGGAUAUCACCAGGAUUGGGCUUCUCACCAAAGAGUGUUCUUCAAGUUCCAGGUUGCAACAAUUCAUGCUUUGGAAACCGAAAUAGCAUCGAGCUUGAACUGGGGAGGUGUAGAAGAACAGAUGGGAAGAAGUGGCGGUGUAGCAGGGAUGUUGUUCCUGAUAAGAAGUAUUGUAUGCAACACAUGCACAGAGGUUCCAAAAGGCAUGCGGCGGCCUCCCAAACAAUUCCUCUACCCACUGCUUCCACUGCUGCAAGCCAUAGAGCUUCGCCAUCUCUCUCAUCAAGCAUACCCAAGAAAGCAGAUCAUGCAAUCCCGAACACAGAUCUUUCCAUCUCAAUCCAAGCAAGUCCUCCACUGAGACGUAAUGAGAAAAGUAGUACCAGCAGUAGCAGUGAUACUACAAUUUCAGACACCAGCAUCACUGCCAAUGAAUAUGGUUAGGUUUCUUCAUAAGAUGCUUCUCUAGAAAGAGUGAAAGCACUUGAAGAGAGACCAGUUUUGAGGCGUUGGUGCAAACAGAGGAAACAGUAAUGUUAUUUGUGUUGUUUAAGGAGGAUAUAUGUAACCACUGAGCUUUCAUGUUCUGUAUCUUGUAACUAUCUUGAAGCCUUUUGUUAAAUUAAAUGGGUGCCCUUUUUUUUUUU